GCCUGUUUUGGCGUCAGACGCGCCGCUGCUAGCUAGCAAAUUGGAAAUAUUGCAAGUCAUGGUGGGCCAUUCAAUGGAGGGAAAGGGUGGAUAAUGACUUUGGGUAAUGCUUAUAAAACAUAUGAGAGAACUCUUCUGGAUUCAGAUAAUGGUUAUAGAAGGUGGCCGACUUGUGGGCAUACAGGCAAAUUUAUAAAAUCUUCACGCGUAAGUAGAAAAUAGGUUUUAGCUAGCUAGCUAUAGAACGUUAGAUUGCGUUAGCCUGUAGCUAAUUGUGCUUGAGUGUUUUUGACAAACGAUUUAAAGUUAGCGGAUGGACUAUCUGCUUCUUGUGUCUACAUUUAUUUGAGUGGCAAUGCAAAACAUUGUUUAAAAUACAUUGUAACAGUUACGUUAGCUAGCUAACUAACGUUACAUCUUAGCAAUUUCUCUUUCCCCGUUGCUGUCACAUCAACAUCCCGCCCCUAUCUUUUCCCAUUGGAAAAAUGUGUGAGAAUCCCAUGUUGUGAUCGUAUCCUUGGUUUGUUAGUGGUUCACCAGCCUGUCUGUUGUCAAUGCGCCACUUGUUGCUAGGGAGGUUGCUUGAUAGCGGAAGUGAGUGUUAUCAACACUUCCCACUGGAGUCUGGACGAUAAAUGCCGUUGGAUGCUGGCAAGGAUUUUUUAGGUUGCCUACUUUUAAACACUAUUGAUGGAUAUACUGAUGCAUCGUUUUUAUUGCUAUUAAUUUAAUGUAAUUGUGUAUGUGUGAGUGACACAUCGGUAAACUGGAGAUCUUGAAAAGAAAAUGGAUGAGAGGGAGACUGAAGCGUAGCUACUGGAGGAGAACCCAAGAGACCCUCCCUCUUUCACCUUAACAACUAUCUAUUCCUGCACUGGGCUAGGUGAUUUGUUGUUCUGCAUUGUCAGGUUGGCAUGUCAAAUGGAUCUUCAUCUUGAAUUGGGAUUAAGGCACAGUGUGUCCGCUAGAGACAGUGGCCAUUAAACCUCUCUGCGGGGACCCCCAGUUCACAAUUUUGUUGUAGCCCUGAACUAGCUCCCCUGAUUAACCUAAUCAAGGGUUUUAUGACUAGUUGACAUCUGGAAUCAGGUGUGCUUGCUCUAGAAUAGAUCAAAUCCAUGGAACAGCUGGGGGUCCCCAAGGAGAGAUUUGAAAACCACUGCUCUAGAAAGUGGAGAUGUGAUGGUUUGCUGCUAAGAAGCAGGGUUCUAAUUGUUCUCACCCAUAGAAAUAUGUGGAAUGUGAGGCGGUUUAUUCUCUCAUUUAUUGCCUCUGCACUGGCAGUGCAUAUGAUUGGUUUAUGGUUAUGAGUUCAGUGUGCAUUUUAUUUGGCUAUUCAUGUUGGUUAUAUCAGUGCAGUUGGACAUCUUAAAUCAUGUGUGGCUAACUGCCCAUGGUACAUGGUCGAGGAAAAGCCUGUUUGUUUCAACAUCUAAAGCAAACUCACAUUUCAUCUGGCCCGAACAAUGUUUGAUGCAUUCUACUGCUGUUAUGUCAUAUCAUAUUCUUUUGACAUUAUGUAAUGUAAUCUUUUUUCUAUGACUAAGUGAAAUUUGAUGGUAGAACACAGGCUCAGGUUGACCUAAACUUGUUUACUCAACAAGUACAUAUUUUUUUAUCCUGUCAUUACAUUUUAAAGGCAUCAAUACCAAGAAAAUGAGGUUUAUUUAUCCUUGAUCUCUCUCUCUGUGCAGAUAUGGGAGGACUUACUAAUGGGGAAGACCAAAACCUGACCUAGAAAACAGUUCACCCUUUGACUGAUAUUGGACUCGCAUAAAAGACCACAGAAACCCUCUACAUUCUAUUCACAUUUUAAGCAAACUCCAAAAGUCCCUCUCCACUUCUGUCAUAUCUGCAAUUUUCAUACUUUUCAUUCUUUAUCACAGUCUUUAUCUCAAUAUCAACUAUUGCGGAACUCUAGUUUGUCCAUUGUUUUUAUUUAUUUUUUACUUAUUUUUUUACUUUCACUUUUUGUUCCUUUGUAAAGAAAUGCUUUACCUGAAAAAGUACUUCACAGAGGGCCUGAUUCAGUUCACCAUCCUCCUGAGUCUCAUUGGGGUGCGGGUGGACCUGGACACCUACCUGAGCAAUCAACUGCCCCCACUGCAAGAGAUCAUCCUAGGCCCCAGCUCGGCCUACACCCAGACGCAGUUUCACAACCUCCGCAACACGCUGGACGGGUAUGGCAUCCAUCCCAAGAGUGUGGACCUCGACCAGUUCUUUACCACCCGCCGGCUGCUGAACCAGGUGCGCCAGCUAGAUCGACUGUCAGUGCCCAGUCCAGAACUGAGCACGUGGUUGGUGCACCGCGACCCUGAGACUGUGGUGUCCGCCGCCAGCCAGCCCAGCCCAAGCAUCACCCUGGACAAUGGGGCCGGCCUGGAGGACGUGAACAACUCCGAAGCCCCGGCCAUGAGGGGGGGCGGCGGAGCGCCUGAGUCCACCUACAAUCUGAGUGGAGAGGACCGAACCCUGGGAGCCGUGGCCCCCGAGGACAGCCAGGAGCAGGGCAACAGGGAGGGCAAUGAUGACCUCACCAAAGAGGUAAGAAAGCAUGCAAUGAUCUCACCUCUACUCAGGAUCACAAGACUAGGGCAAGCUGGGGCAUGGCACUUCUAUUGUAAUGUACAGGGAUAUAUUACUAGGUGCUUACUGUAUUUAGCUGUCUAUCAGAGACCUAUUGUAUGUCUGAACCUUGAUAAAUCACAAUUGUAAUCAAAUGGAAGUUAUUUCUGGCAUUGUGUAAUCUGCAUUAUUAUAAUGUCCUGUUCUUACAUUAGAGUAAUCCGUUCCCCUAAUAGUCACAGGACCACCACUCAAGAUGCAGUGUGGUUUUGGGCCAAACACUAAGCCAUUGUUAAAGCUUUAAAAUGAACAGUCUCCCACUGGAGUGGAAUCACAUGCUUUUAUGGUAAUUAAGUGGCUACGGUUGAAUCAGUGGGCUUAGCUUCAAGUUACAUGAUCUGAAGUUACAUGAUUCGACUUUUAAAUCUUCUUAUGCCAACACGUGGCGAUAUACAUAUCUGAGGAUGACAAUAUCAAAAUGUAAAGCCAACCGUGUCACAGGUAAAGCCAUCUUUGACUAUUGAAUCCAUUUAGAAUGAAGUUGUGUAAGACAAGAUGGUGUACAACUCAAUCAAGAGGGCUCUUUUCUUUGUAGUCCUAACAUCUUUCUCAUCUGACAUGUCUUUUUCAGGACAUUGAUUUGAUUGACAUCCUGUGGCGACAGGAUAUCGACCUUGGCGCAGGACGGGAAGUGUUCAACUACAGCAGCCGCCAGAAGGAGAGUGAGGCGGAGAAGCCCAGCCCAGAGGAGAAGGAGGAAGGAGCAGAGGCACAGGAGAGCUGGAGGAACGGAGUGAACCUUCAAGAGGCUCAGCCUGUGGAUGGAGAGACAGGGGAGAGCAUACCAGAGCAGGUAGCUAAGGGUACAGAUUGUGUUUUUCAUGAUCCUGUGUCCACUGUAGUUGAUAGUUAAGGGAGUGACCUCUGUGCUGUCUGCCCCUCCCCCCAGCUCCCAGGCCUUGGCUCUCAGACCUCACUGUCUCUGCAGGAAUGCCUGAGGCUGCUUGAGGCCACCUUCCCUUUCGGAGAAGAAUCUCCUGAGGUAAAGACAUUUGCAAGCUGUCUCAGGAGACAGAAGCGUCUUAAUUUAAAUUAUGUUAAACAACCAGGAUAUUACAGAUGGAUGAUUGCCUUUAUGGUCUAUUAUAAUCUCAACAUGUUUGUGAGAUAAUUUUUAAGGUAAACAUCUGUUAUCAGUUUGUAGCCCCUGUAGUCACUGCUGAGCUUGCAGUGGCCAAUGAAGAAGCUCCAUCCACAUCUCAGGGGCUGCCACUGCCUCCCCCGUUGCCCCAGCCUGUGCCCCAGUUGGACCUGGAGCAGCAGUGGCAAGACAUCAUGGCUAUCAUGGAACUACAGGUUUGUACUUGCGCUUUAAAUCACAACUGGUUCGUUUGUUAUUAGAUGUUCUCUAACCAGGUUUUUCUCUUUGAAGGAAAUGGAGGUUAACAACACCUCCGAGAACUCCUUCCUCAGCACUACUUCCAACAGUGCCAAUUCCAGUGGCAGCACAACCGAGUCAGGCUCGGUUGAAAGCUUUGGACUUAUUAGCUCCUCCAACCUUAUCCACCAAGAUGUCAGCCUUCACCAGGCCUCCCUCCCUAGCUGCAGCCAGGAUUUCCCCACGCUUUUCAAUUCAGAGAUUGAUGGCACUAGCACCCCACGCCCCCCCUUGCUUAGAAUGUCCUCCAGCUCCAACUCCUCCAACGUCAACUCUACAUUUGGAGCCACCAACCUGACUGGACUCUUUCUCCCACCACCUCUAAACAGCACCAACAACAUCACUUCGACCCCAGUGUUGCCUGACCCCUUCAGCAGUCUGCUGGAGGAGUCUAUGCUGGAUGAGAUCAGCCUGCUGGACCUGGCGAUGGAGGAGGGCUUCAGCCAGGCCCAGGCCUCUCAGUUGGAGGAUGAACUCGACUCAGACUCAGGCCUCUCCCUGGACUCCAGUCACAGCCCGGUCUCCCCGAGCAGCUCUGAGACCUCCUGCUCCUCUGCUGCCUCCUCCUCCACCUCUGCCACCUUCUCAGAGGAAGGGGCUGUGGGAUACAGCACUGACUCUGAGUCAGCCACCGUGGAACCAGAAGAAGGUGCUGUGGGGGGCUACCAGCCCGAAUUCAACAAGCUCUGCCGCAUGAGCUACCAGGACCCCUCCCAAUUCCACGGGCUCCCUCAGCUCGACAACAUCAACCACAAUCACACCUACAACUUACCUCUGUCUUCAUCGUUUGAUGAACACCCAGAGCUACCGAUUCCCACUGGCAAGAAAAUGGGCCGCGAGAAGCAGUCAAAGCUUCAGCCCCAACAGGACUUCCUGGACAAACAGUCGAGUCGCGACGAGCGCCGGGCUCGGGCCAUGAAGAUCCCCUUCUCAAAUGAGAAGAUCAUCAAUCUGCCUGUGGAGGAGUUCAACGAGCUUCUGUCCAAGCACCACCUGAGCGAGGCCCAACUGGCCCUCGUUCGCGACAUUCGUAGACGUGGCAAGAACAAGAUGGCGGCCCAGAACUGCCGGAAGCGCAAGCUGGAUACCAUCGUCAACCUGGAGCAAGGGGUGCACGACAUGCGUCGUGACAAGGCGCGGCUUCUGAAGGAGAAGAUGGAGUUCAUUCGCUCCAUCCGUCAGAUGAAGCAGAAAGUGCAAAGCCUCUACCAGGAAGUGUUCACCCAGCUUCGGGAUGAGGAGGGCCGGCCCUACCCCCCCAGCGAGUACUCGCUCCAGUACAGCGCCGACGGCAGCGUUCUGAUAAUGCCACGCAGCAUGACAGAUCAGCAGACCCGUAAGCCCGACAAGAAACAAAAGGACAAAAAGAAGUGA